GUUGCUUAGCUGAAAGAAGUUUUUCUUUUUGGUUUAAACAUUUAAUCUAUCUAAAAUAUAUUUUCUAAAUAUGAUUUUAUCUUAUUUUGACUAAAAUAAAUUCACGAAAUUCAUGUAUUUCAGAAAUAUUAUCCCAUCUCCCCAUGUAUUUCCCAAAUCGCCUCUCUCCACUCCUCCCUUCGCAGCCCCGAAGCCCUCCACGCCCUCGAAGUACCUCAGGUCAGAAUUUCAGAUGGUUCAUUUAAUAAGGUGGUGCCAAGAGUGUCGGUGGCUGAUUUAGAGGUCUCCUGCCAUUGUGUUCCCUUGUUCUUGUCUACACACACCAUUUAUGAGUUAAUUCCUGAUUCUGGAAAGGGCACCACUUUCGAUUUCAGCAGCUUUUUUGAUGCUUCAACUUUGUUGAUUUUGACAUUAGGCCUGCAUUGCCUGGUUACUUUUGUAAGAGAACAGCUAACACAAGGGAUAUUCUUCUGGAUUGAUGCUCCAGCAGUCACCAGCAGUAUCUUCUAGUUCAUGUGUUCCAUUUCAAAAGGGUAUUUUACUCACUGUCAUGGAGUUUAAAAGGCCUCAGUUAUCAGUUUUAAGGUCAUACACUUGCGGGUCAAAGUUGCAGUUUGGGCAUGGACAGCCUUGGACUGGUGAACGAGCUUCUUUGAGGACCAUCUACUGUAUCAGUCAGAGGCAGGUAGCAUACCCUCAAAAUGUGGAUCUUCCACUUCCAUUACCAAAGAGAAAGAAGAAGCCCUAUCCCAUUCCCAUAAAGAAAAUAAGACGAGCUGCGAGGGAUGACAAAAAGCUUGCAGAAAAGGGAAUGGAAAAGCCCCUCGAACCUCCGAAGAAUGGGAUACUUGUACCCGAUCUCAUUCCUGUUGCUUACGAAGUACUAGAUGCUUGGAAAGUUUUGAUUAAAGGCCUUGCACAGCUCUUGCAUGUUGUUCCAGUACAUGGUUGUAGUGAGUGUCCAGAUAUUCAUAUUGCCUCAACUGGUCACCGCAUUAAGGAUUGCGAUGGUCCAAAAAACCGGAUGCGUCGAGGCGAGCACUCGUGGGUCAAGGCUUCUAUUAAUGAUGUACUCCUCCCCAUCGAGUCAUAUCAUCUAUAUGACCCAUUUGGUCGGCGCAUUAAGCACGAGACUCGGUUUAAGUAUGACAGGAUUCCAGCUGUCGUGGAGCUGUGCAUCCAAGCUGGUGUUGAGAUACCAGAAUACCCUUCUCGUCGAAGAAUUAAACCUAUCCGAAUGAUGGGGAAGAAGGUGAUUGACCAUGGCGGAUUUGUGGACGAUCCUGUGCCCCAGUGCUCUGGGGAUUCAUCUUCCCUUGUGGAGCUCGAUACUCAUGGGGUUUUGGGCCGAUGUCCACCUCCUGAACUUUCAAAUGUACCUAAGAUUGCUCAGGAGACUAUGGAUGCAUACGAGAUUGUUCGAAGGGGAGUGAGGGCAUUGAUGAGGAAAUAUUCAGUGAAGGCUUGCGGGUAUUGCUCGGAAGUUCAUGUUGGUCCGUGGGGCCACAAUGCUAAGCUGUGUGGCGAGUUCAAGCACCAGUGGAGGGAUGGGAAGCAUGGGUGGCAGGAUGCGACGGUGGAUGAAGUGUUCCCACCAAAUUAUGUUUGGCAUGUUCAGGAUCCCAAAGGGCCUCCCCUGAGGAGUGGGCUCCAAAGGUUCUAUGGGAAGGCUCCGGCCGUGGUGGAGUUGUGCAUGCAGGCAGGUGCAGAAGUCCCCCACAAAUACAAGCCUAUGAUGAGACUAGACAUUGUGGUUCCUGAGAGCGAGGAGGCACGCCUAGUUGCAUGACAGUUUUGAAAAUGAAAAGAAAAGGGUCUCUGUUUGUUGUUGCGCCGCAGAUUGCGCCACUUUAUAAGCCGAGAACGGUGUGUUGUGCACAUUUUUUGUAUAUAUUGUUGAAUGAAGCUUAUUUUUUUAAGCUGUAAAAAAAGUACAUUUGAAAAGCUCUAAAUUUCCCAUUUUUUCUC